AGUAGCCACUCGCUCGUCGAAAGACAAACGCAAAGCCAUCAAACAAUUACAGAGCAGAGAAUCUUUCUCUAAAGCCACCACCUGAUUCUCGACUUGAUCGGAGUUUCUCUGGCCGCGACACAGAUGUUCGCUUGACGACCUCUAGCUUCUCGCCGCCUCUCUUCCUUUUAACACGAGAUCUGUUCUCCACGGUUCAAAGUCUUAGGUUUUUAAGCUAUGUAGGCUGUGUGUGUCAUCAUAGCUCACUAAGGUAGGAAGGAUGUCGACUCCAGCAAGGAAGAGGUUGAUGAGGGAUUUCAAGAGGUUGCAGCAAGACCCACCUGCUGGUAUUAGCGGUGCUCCUCAAGACAACAAUAUCAUGCUCUGGAACGCUGUCAUUUUCGGGCCUGAUGAUACCCCAUGGGAUGGAGGCACUUUCAAGCUCUCACUCCACUUCUCUGAAGACUAUCCAAAUAAACCGCCAACUGUUCGUUUUGUGUCACGGAUGUUCCAUCCUAAUAUUUAUGCUGAUGGGAGUAUAUGCUUGGACAUUCUCCAAAACCAGUGGAGUCCUAUAUAUGAUGUUGCUGCUAUUCUUACCUCCAUCCAGUCUUUGCUCUGUGACCCUAAUCCCAACUCUCCUGCAAACUCCGAAGCUGCUCGGAUGUACAGCGAAAGCAAGCGUGAGUACAACCGAAGAGUGCGUGAUGUUGUCGAGCAAAGCUGGACUGCUGACUAGUUUUUAUUUAGUUACUUGUAAGCUUGUGUAAACUCUCUCCUACUCUCACACCAUUCAGCAACAGCUUUCUACUUAUCUUUUUCAUUCAUGUCUUUUGUGUUUCCAAAAAAACUCUUUUAGUGAUUUGGAUUCUUUGAUGGGGGUUCUAUGAGACCUAACAUCCUUUAAAACAACUUUGUACCAAACCUUAUGAAUUGUUCCCCUUUUUGUUGUAUAUAUGUGUUAUUACAUU